GAGACCGGGAGAGACCGGGAGAGACCGGGAGGCGGGGAGACACCGAGCCACCCAGCCGCUGGCAGCCCUCCGGCCCGCUGCCGCCAGGACCCCCCGCCGCCCCCGCCCCCCUCCCUUUGCCCGCCCGCGCCCUCUCCCAGUCUCUCCACCACCACCACCCCGGUCUCCCCAGUCUCCGGGUCCGUCGGCCGCGGGCCGCCCCGAUCCUCCCGGGACCCCGGGGGCGGGGGGGGGAAGGACUGGGGGCCUGCCCCCCGCUCACCCCUGCCCCCGCCGUCAUGAGCCCCUCGCCCUGACCCCCGCGUGGGGGAGGGCGCCGGGGGUCCAUGCGCGUAGCCUCCGCGCUGCCCGGCGCCGGCCACUGACGGCGGCGGGGGUGGGGGGGCCGGGCUCCCGGUCUCCUGCCCCACCCCCUGGCGUCCGCACCGCGGCCCGUCGGGGGCCGCUGCCCCGGGCUGCGCCCGCCCUGCCGGCCAGGCCCUGGAGGGACCCGGGAGCUGCCACCGGCAUCAGCCCAUGGCCCGGAGGUACGAUGAGCUGCCCCACUACCCAGGCAUUGUGGACAGCACUGCAGCCCUGGCUGGCUUCCCAGAGGCAGUGCCCUCGGCACCGAGAGCCCCCGGGCCCUAUGGCCCCCAUCGGCCUCCCCAACCCCAGCCCCUGGGCUUGGACAGUGAUGGCCUGAGGAGGGAGAAGGAUGAGAUCUACGGACACCCACUCUUCCCGCUGCUGGCCCUGGUCUUUGAGAAAUGUGAAUUGGCCACGUGCUCCCCCCGGGAUGGGGCCGGUACUGGGCUGGGCACACCUCCAGGUGGUGACGUAUGCUCCUCUGAUUCCUUCAACGAGGACAUUGCUGCCUUUGCCAAGCAGGUGCGCUCUGAGAGGCCCCUCUUCUCCUCCAACCCGGAGCUGGACAAUCUGAUGAUACAGGCCAUCCAGGUGCUCCGUUUCCACCUGCUGGAGCUGGAGAAGGUCCACGACCUGUGCGACAACUUCUGUCACCGCUACAUCACCUGCCUCAAGGGAAAGAUGCCCAUCGACCUGGUCAUCGAGGAUCGGGAUGGCGGCUGCAGGGAGGACCUCGAGGACUACCCGGCCUCCUGCCCCAGCCUCCCGGAUCAGAAUAAUACGUGGAUUAGAGACCAUGAGGACAGCGGGUCUGUACAUUUGGGGACCCCGGGUCCAUCCAGUGGGGGCCUAGCCUCCCAGAGUGGGGACAACUCCAGUGACCAAGGAGAUGGACUAGACACAAGUGUGGCCUCUCCCAGUUCCGGGGGAGAGGACGAGGAGCUGGACCAGGAGCGGCGGCGGAAUAAGAAGAGGGGGAUCUUCCCCAAGGUGGCUACUAACAUCAUGAGAGCAUGGCUGUUCCAGCACCUCUCGCACCCAUACCCCUCGGAGGAGCAGAAGAAGCAGCUGGCGCAGGACACCGGGCUCACGAUCCUGCAAGUCAACAACUGGUUCAUCAACGCCCGGAGACGCAUCGUGCAACCAAUGAUCGAUCAAUCCAACCGCACAGGGCAGAGUGCAGCCUUCAACCCAGAGGGCCAGCCCAUGGGGGGCUACACCGAAGCUCAGCCACACAUGACUGUCAGGCCUCCAGGGUCGAUGGGAAUGAGUUUGAACUUAGAAGGAGAGUGGCAUUAUCUAUAGAUUCAGGACAAAUACCCCAGCCUCCGGACUGUGACCACUAAGCUCACACCUGGUUCCGGUCCCCGCCUGGCCCCCUGACUUCAGGACCCCACCUCCUAAGGUCCCCAAUGCAAUGCCUACCUCCCUGGGGCCCCACCGGGACAUGGGGGCCUGAGCACCCACUCGAGGGUCUCUCAAGGACAAAGACAAGGCCCCUAGGCCCUGCGCCCCACUUCUGCCAUCACCUCUGCCUGGAGCCCAAACUGAGAUCCCAGUCCCGGGUCUUAAGAAGAUGGUGGCUGGGGGGGUCCCCUGCCUCCAGGCUCGAGAAGGGACUGGCAGUGGGCUGCGGAGGUCAGGGAAGGAGGGUCAGCCAGAUCCGACAUUUGGAAGAGCCCCCUCGUCCUGCCGGCCCACUGCCCGCCCCUUCCCUCCCCUACCUCCCUUCACGGACGUCUUCUACUU